AUGUCGGAGCCGGACUCUGGUCCAAAAUGCGUCGCUUCAACGGAGACACACUCGUUAGAGCCGCGGAAAGACCGUCAGGAUGCUCACUACAAAUCGGUUCAAUGGAGUCCUGAUGGGACAACCCUUUUGACCUGUCUCUCUGAUCAUCGUAGUCAGUCUUAUAUACUCCCACCGGAUCUUUUGGAGGGAACAUCGCCUCAUCGUCUAUCGCCUUAUUCAACUUUACCCUCUGCCGAACCCACUUACGCCGCUACCUUCUACCCAUUCUACAACCUUCAGGAUCCCUCAACCACCUUGUUUCUCUCCUCUGUGCGCGAUCAUCCAAUUCGGCUGGCCUCCACACUGGCCCCAACCAGUGUGGCAACCUAUUCUCUGGUCAAUCCAACCACAGAGGCUUUCAUCACUCCGCACUCAAUGAUCUUUCCAGCAUCAAUGGGUGGCACUCAUUUUCUGGCAGGAUCUGACAGCAUGAUCUGCCUCUUUGAUGUAUCUCGCCCGGGAACGAGUGGGCCGGUCUCCUGGAUGCCGACCAUCCCCAGCAAGCGCAAACAGAUCGUGGGCGGUGGCAUUGGCAUGAAGGGCAUUGUGUCAGCAUUGGCUUCCAAUCCCAGCGGAGAUGGUAUUCUGGCCGCAGGGACCUUCACCCGACAUGUUGGUCUUUACAGCGCUAAUGGUGCAGGAGAGUCCCUGGGUACGUUCAAUGUGGCUCGGACCGACGCCAGUCGGGUCAUUGGGGGAAGAGGCAUUACCCAACUGUGCUGGAGUCCCUGUGGUCGAUAUCUGUAUAUUGCAGAACGUAAGAGCGAUGGCAUCUUGGUAUAUGAUAUUCGAGUCACCGGUCAAUUACUGGGUUACCUUCGUGGACGCAAAGCCCUGACCAACCAGCGGAUGGACAUCGAUGUUGUCGUGACGGGUCCUGAUGGAGGACAUGAGGUUUGGGCAGGAGGCACAGAUGGGAUGAUGAGGGUGUGGCGGAAUCCGGUCUAUUCAGCAGGCGGGCAAAUGCCUGACGGGGAAGUUCAUGUGCAUGACGAUGCCGUACCGAGUGCCACGUUCCAUCCAUUUGGGGAUGUAGUCGCCACGUGCUCUGGCCAGAGACAUCGCUUGUCGGCUGAGCUUGACGAGGAGGACAUAUCCGUCGGUGAUGUUCGGCGUGUGGACAAUAGUGUGAAGGUGUGGUCAAUGCCAAUGUCAGGAUCUCCUCGAGACGCUCAUGAGGUUGACGUGUCUCCUGAAUGA